CCAUUCCGACUCUGAGGCUCUGGCUUUGUUGCCGCACAAACUAUACUUCGACUUUAGCCGAGCGAAACGGCACUCCGGAAAUUAAAUCGAAAGAUACAUCUUUCUUUUGCCUGUGAGCCAUUUUCUCUAAUAAGGUUAUUUAGUUGUAUAUAUGCAUGCUAUUUGUUGCAUCUUCUGUUUUUGUUUUACAUACGCCUUUUCUAAGCAAAAGUUACACCGUCGGCUGUAUACAUUGAAUUGUCACCAUUUUAAGGAUGACAUCUGACCCCUACAUCUUUGAGACUGAGGCACUGCCCUCUGACGAGCGGUUCCUGCCCCCGCUGGCCAAUGGCCUUCUGGGAUGGAGGGUGUUUGGUGACAGAAUGCACAUGGGCGGAGUCUAUAACGGGGAGGCAGGGGAAUGCCACAGGGCAGACCUGCCCUGCCCUCUCGCUGUGAGGAUGAAACUGGAGGAGACAGGCAAACACACCUAUAGCCUGGACACCCAUACAGGUAUCUUCAGUCACACAGUGUCUACUGCCAGUGUGGUCGCAACCCAGUCCUUCUAUGCCCACCGCCACGUCUCCAACAUCUUAGUGAUGGAAGUGAUGCUGGUGCGCGAGGCGACUGCAGAGGAUCCCAUCACGGUGGAGCUGCAGAGCUCUUUCACGCCCAGCAGCGAUGAUGUCGUAUUCCAACCUGCCCCAGACUACAGAGGUGGGAGGCACAUCUAUGGCCAGACCAAAGCGGCGGAGGUGCACGGGGACCCGUGUCCCAGCGUGCACCUCAUCUGGAUCCCCGUGGACGCCUCGCUGACCCUGCAGACGGGCCAGAGCCAGUCCCGUUGGGGUUUCAUCGCGGUGGCGGCCGAUUCGGAGGAGGGAGCACGGGCGUUUUUCGACAGUGGGCUGGAGCUGAUGGAGGCUGGGAGUCUGCGGCCCUCGCACUGCCAGGCCUGGGCGGAGCUGUGGGCCGGCAGCAGUCUGGAGCUGUCGGGCCCCGAGACUUGGAGCCGCACUGUGAUUGGCUGCCUCUUCUACCUCCUCAGUGCCUUCCCGCCCCUGCACAACGCACCCUCCCAAUUCGGGGGUGUCAGUCCCGGGGGUCUGUCCAAUGGGAGGCAGGGCCAGGACUACUGGGGUCAUGUGUUCUGGGAUCAGGACACCUGGGUAUAUCCCAGCAUUGCCCUCUUCCAGCCUAAUGUAGCUCAGUCGGUGCUGAAAUACCGGGUGGAGACGUUAGGGGGCGCCAAAAUCAACGCAGAGCAGCAAGGAAACAAGGGCCUGAAGUUCCCUUGGGAGAGUGCUGUAACUGGAACUGAGGUAUGCCCUGUGGACAUAUAUGGAAAACAGGAAAUCCAUAUAAAUGGCGAUGUCAUCAUGGCCUUCCAAACCUACCUCUAUCUCACACAGGACGUGGCCAUGUUCCAGGAGGGGCGUGGCAGUGAGGUGGUUUGGGGCGUGGCGGAAUACUGGGUCUCCCGGGUCACAUGGAGCACUGAGGAGCAGUGUUACCACAUCAAAGAGGUCAUGCCUCCUGAUGAGUACUACUACAAUGUUGACAACUCCGUCUACACCAACGCUGUGGCCAAGUACAGUCUCCUUUUCGCAGUGGAGUUGGCAGUCCUCCUCCAGUGUCCCGUGCCCCCAGAGUGGCAGGAAGUAGCUGAUAAACUCAAAAUCCCGUAUGACCCCGAGAUGAAGUACCACCCCGAGUUUGACGGUUACAAGAAAGGCGUUUCUGUGAAACAGGCAGACGCUGUGUUGCUAGGUUACCCUCUGGGGCUUCCCAUGAGCCCAGAGGUCCGGCGGAAUGAUCUGGAAUUGUAUGAGGCUGUGACUGACCCGCAAGGACCUGCCAUGACAUGGUCUGUGUUUGUGGUACAGAGCAUGUUUGCUGUGGGAUGGCUGGAACUGGGGGAUGCUGGGAGAGCUCAGACGAUGCUCAACAAGUGCCUCCGCAACAUCCAGGGUCCCUUCCAGGUGUGGAGUGAGGUGCCGGAUGGUUCGGGUGCAGUAAACUUCCUGACAGGAAUGGGGGGCUUCCUGCAGGCUGUGCUGUUUGGAUACACGGGUUUCAGGGUGCAGAAGAGCUGCUUGACCUUUGCCCCCCUCCUCCCUGAUGACAUCAGUGAGCUGCGUGUGAGCGGCGUGUCCUACCUGGGCAAUAAGAUGGACUGGGUGCUGAGGGGGCAGGAGGUGACGGUGUGUGUGAGGGAGGAGGCAGCGGAGGCAACGACUGCUCAACGCUACAGCCUGCAGGUCGUCCUGAAGAAGUCAGGAACCACACUUCCCCUCAUACCAGGAAAAAAAGUGACCUUUCCUCGAGAGCCAGGAGAAGUGCAGAAACUUGACUCAACAGUGGGUUACUGCUGGCCCUUGUAAGACACGCCCAGCGCUGCCUGUCUGGGUCCUCCGCUAUAGGACCUGCUGUCCAUGUGACACUGCAACAGAGGAAAACGCUCCCACAAAUGGUAGCCAUCUUGAAAAAAGGCUAGCCUCACAGUACCUAGAUUUAUAAGGAAUGAGAGGAAUGAGCUACAGUAUAUUUCACACAUGUCGAACUAGAGAGUUACCAGACUCAGAGUUAAAGGUACAAUAGGUCAUUUCAGACUUCUAACGGUCAAGAUGGGAAUAGCAGCAACAAACCCUUCAAACCACAACACUGUUUAAAAAUCCUUCCCCAUUGUCUGUAAAUGCGCUGACGUUGAAAAGCCAUUGGCUCUGGCAAUUAGAAUACAUUUUCAACCAAUGAGCUUGAUUUAUUGUGCGGUUAUACAAUGUUUUGGUACAGAGUGUCGGGCCGUCAAAUGCAUGGACUAUAAACACAGGCAGAGGGUGAGUCAACAUGUCUGUGAGCCUUUUCAAUGCUAGGAAGGGAUUUCCAAUGGUCUUGUAACAAUGUUUUAACACAAAAAUCUUACUUAUUGUACCUUUAAGGUCUGACUGGUCAGUUGAAAAGGGUAUUAAAACCAAAGUAGCCUUUUCAGGCUUUGUAUUGUUACUGAUUCUGUUACUGUGAAAACUAAACAGAAACAAGCCAGACUUGAUUUAAAAAAGACUGGUGCUAUCAACAUUUAUGGUCAGUUCUAAGAUGCACAAACUACUCAAACAUCAUGUGUCAUUUUUAUGCAUGGAAAAGAUCAAUCAAUCUCAUGCGGUAUUGAUGCUCUGUUCUUUUACCAACACUAAUUUGAUCAUGAGAUUUCAGUGUAUGUUGAUAUAUUUUUUUCUUUCAAUAAAAUACACUGUCAUGGGCAAAGAA